CGCGAGGCCCGCCCGCGUCUGCCACGUACGCGCGACGAGUGGCGAGAGGUGAGGUUAAGUCCUCGUGAGGCAGGCCGGCACGAGAACAUGGUCCGCGCGCGAAGAUGAGACGCAACGUGAUCAGCCUGGUCAAGUUCCUCCUCCUGGCGGCGUUCACCGUCUUCCUCACCGUCGUGGUGUUCCGGUACGCGCGAUCGCCACCAGGCCGUCGGGUCCCGGCGCCGCUCGACACCCUGGCGGCGGCGGCGGCGGUCGCCGUCGACCCGAGGGACGACAGCAGUCGAGGGAACGACGAGCGUUCGCGUCAGGAUGUGGAUGACAAAAUUGAUUGGCACGACUACAAGAAGAUUGAGGAGGAAGAGAAGCGAACGGGGAUGGGAGAACACGGGAGACCAGCCUUUCUCUCCCCGUCCCUCGAUGCGCGAAAGGAAAAAUUGUAUCAAGUAAAUGGAUUCAAUGCGGCUCUCAGCGAUGAGAUCUCAGUGAAUCGUUCAGUGCCUGAUAUCCGCCAUCCGGAUUGUAGAAAGAAGAAAUACUCGAAGAACCUGGAUCCCGUUUCUGUGAUAGUGUCCUUCCACAACGAGCACUUCAGCACGCUGCUGCGAACCUGCUGGAGCGUGGUUAACCGCUCGCCGCCUUUCCUCUUAGAAGAAAUCAUAUUGGUCGACGACGCCAGCACGAAAGUCGAGUUAAAAAAGAAGCUGGACGAUUACGUUGCUCAGUACUUGCCGAAGGUGUCGAUCGUGCGAUUACCAAAACGCUCAGGGUUGAUCAGAGGUCGACUGGCGGGCGCGAAGAAGGCGAGGGCGAAGGUACUCGUGUUUCUGGACUCGCAUAGCGAAGCUAACGUGAAUUGGUUGCCGCCGUUGUUAGAGCCCAUCGCGCACGACUAUAAAACCUGCGUUUGCCCGUUCAUCGACGUGAUAGCUUACGAAACAUUUGAGUACAGGGCGCAGGACGAGGGCGCCCGAGGUGCGUUUGACUGGGAGUUGUAUUACAAGCGGCUCCCAUUGCUUCCGGAAGACUUGAAGAAACCCGCGGAGCCGUUCAAGAGUCCUAUAAUGGCGGGCGGUCUGUUUGCGAUCAGCACCAAAUUUUUCUGGGAAUUGGGCGGCUAUGAUCCAGGCUUGGACAUAUGGGGUGGCGAACAGUACGAGUUGUCCUUCAAGAUCUGGCAGUGCGGCGGUCAAAUGUAUGACGCGCCCUGCUCCAGGGUCGGUCAUAUCUAUCGCAAAUUCCCGCCGUUUCCCAAUCCCGGCCGCGGCGACUUCCUGGGGAAGAACUACAAGAGAGUCGCCGAGGUGUGGAUGGACGAGUACGCGGAAUACAUCUACAAAAGGCGGCCGCACUUGCGGGCGCUGGACCCGGGCGAUCUGUCGGAACAGAAGGCGUUGCGCGCGAGGUUGUACUGCAAAUCAUUUAAGUGGUUCAUGGAGAACAUAGCUUUCGAUCUCGUGGAGGUGUACCCGCCCAUUGAGCCGGACGACUUUGCCUACGGGGAGAUCAGGAACAUGGGCGCGACCGAUCUGUGCUUGGACUCGAAGAAGCGCAAGAGGGACGAACUUGUCAUGAUGGACACUUGUAUGAAGGACGACACAAAAGUGUCGGGUGAGCAGGAGUUCCGGCUGACUUGGCAUAAGGACAUCAGGCCGAAGGAUCGCACGGAUUGCUUGGACGUGUCCAGGGGCGAGGAGAAAGCACCGGUGAGCCUGUAUCCCUGCCAUGGGAAACAGGGUAAUCAGUUGUGGCGUUACGACGUCGAAAAGCAAUGGCUACAGCAUGGUUACUCGUCGAGAUGCCUGGACACCGAUCCGGGCGGUAAGAGAGUAUUUGUGACUGCGUGCGACAAAUCGUCACCCACUCAGAAAUGGCGGAUAGAGCAAGUUAACAUGAAAGCGAUUAAUAAUUGGGAGAACAUAGGCCCGAAGCUCAAGUGAACACUCUCUUUCCUCGUACUGCCAUAAUGUCUGUUGAACAGUAGGCUCGCGCCGAAUUCCUAUUCGUUAUAGAAAUCUAGGAAGGAAUUUCGUUUAUUCCUGGUUACUAGUCAUCGCAAAUUUCAAUUUGAGCAGCAUACUGCACUUGUGUUGAUAAUUAACCAAGAGCAAUCAGCGAUCAGCGCGCGACCCGAGUAAUUUUGCACGUAGCGUAAGGCGAAAUUUUCGUUCCUUGAAUGUGCAGACUGGAUAGCAAGCGGUCUUCAUAUCGGCGGAUGUGUCUAUACAUAUCGCAUAAGCGCUCUAUCGUGCCUUACAUCAUACAUAUAGCCAUACGUAGGAAUACGGUACGAUAAUGAUUUUAGCAUUUAAGUUUCACCUUUCGCUCAAGUUAACAUUAGACAUAUCCUUUUAUUUGUGCUACAAUGUGUUUUUCUGAUCGAAACAGAGCUUUUUUAAUGAACAAAGUUCUAAACAUUCUAUCGAGAAAUCGUGAAUAUGAUUUAUAUGUAUAAUAUGAAACAUGCAUAAACUAUUACGCAAACUGUUUUCUGUGUAAUAUAAUUUCUGCAUGAUUAUUAGAAAUUAUAACAAAGUUUCGAAAAUUUUUAAGGUCUUUAUCGUUUUACACAAAAAGUUAUAUUAUGAACUUUAAAAAGAUUCUCUUUGAAAUCUCUAAUGAUUUCCGGAAAACUAACUUUUAAUCAUUUAUGUGACAUAUUUUGUGUAAUUUUAACUAUUCAUUCCAUUAGUAUUAAUUCAUAAAUAAGUAUUAUGAAUUAUAUGAUCAAAUUAUAAGAUUAUUUUAUCAGUGAAGAAAAGAAGGAAUAUACGAAACAUUUUCCAUUUUCAAUGCAUUGUGAGUAAAUUAUAGAAUAACUUGAAAUAUAAAAUAUAUCUAUUUUUUUUAAUAAUACGCAGAUAUAAUACAAAAAAUUGUAAAAUGAAUAACAAAUAAGCAUUUUUUAUACUACUAGUAUCUUUCAACACACAUACUAUAACUUUUCUUUGAAAUGUAUCUAUUAUAUAGGUAGAGAAAAACAAGAUGCGGUUUACCAUGCGAUAUUAUCUUCUCUGUCUUAUUCCAAUUGAAUAUAUAUAAAAGCAUGAUUGCUUCUUAUUGAAAGUUAUUCUGCGAUAUACUCAAAGGGUCAAAGUAAAAACAUGAAGUAUUCGUUAGCAAUUAUUGUAAGAGCGAAUGAACACACUUGAAGCAUUUAUUCUUUAUAUUUAUCAGUAUAUUCGUUUAUGUUUGAGUGAAUGUUAGAGCAACAUUGUUAACUGUCUGUGAUCGUUGGUGUAUCUGGACUAAUCUUUGAUUACUAUUUUUAUAGCAUAUUUAUAUGAUUUAAUACGAGUUUGUAUUAAAAAAAAUCCUUAUAUAUAUUUUACAAUAAAUGUAAGUACCAAUCCGAAUGAUAAAA